UCAGUCAGAACCUCCACCAUAACCAUCAUGUCGUUGUCCAACAAACAAGCGACACUGGUCAAGGAACUCGUGGACUUUACAAGCUGUACGCGAGAGAGAGCUGCCGCCUUGCUCAAGAAGCACCACUGGAGCGUCUCCGCCGCCGCAGACGCCUUCUUUGACGAUGCCGCGAACGAGGCGAGUGCACUUGCUGUCGACAUCAAUGCCAUCAACUCAUGGUUUGACAAGUAUGCUGACCCUGACGAACCGGACAGUAUCUUGGACGAAGGCAUCAUGACUUUCUGCGACGACAUUGGCAUCGAUGCCCAGGACCUUGUGGUGUUGGUGAUUGCGUGGAAGAUGAAGGCAGCGGUCAUGUGCUGCUUUACACGGUCGGAGUUCGUGCACGGCAUGCAGGAAUUGGGCUGCGACAGCGCACCUGCAUUGCAAGCCAAAAUCCCCGAAGUGCGGGGGUACAUUGCAGCGCCGUCGGCGUUCAAGCCAUUCUACUUGUUUUGCUUUGGCUACUCCAAGGAACCGGGCCAGAAGAGCCUCGGCAAGGACGUGGCGAUGGCCAUGUGGGAACUCGUACUGCUGCCCAAGUUCCCCAAGGUGGCCGACUGGUGCGCGUUUCUACAGGAGCAUCCGAGCCAGGGCGUGACCCGCGACACGUGGGACCUCUUUUACGACUUUAUGGUCAAAGUUGAUGGUUCGUAUGACGCCUAUGACGAGAACGAGGCGUGGCCUGUGCUCAUUGACGACUACAUGACGUACGUCCAAGACGACAACAGCAAACAAGCCAGUCGCCAUUAAUAUACACAACCCGGUGGCACCACGUUUCAACACGUUUGUGGGGUGUCUGCAAGGAAAUGAACAAAGCGGGGAACUGGCUAGAUGGUGCAAUAUCGGUUCGUGUUGCAGCCUCAAGCAAACAAUCCGUGACACCGCGUGGACGUGACAACACUGUCGAUGUGUUUAGUAAGACCAGUGUGUGUGCGUGCAUGAAGCACCGUUGGUUGUAUAGACUGCAAAACCAUGUCACAGAGCAAUGACCUAACGACACUUUGCAAACUAGCUUCUUCAAUAUGGGGCUACGUGCAACGCUGGUUGGCCUGGAGUUGCAGACACUUGGUAGUCCCCACCUGGCACGGCGCGGCUUCGUUGUUGGUUGUUGGGUUGGUGGUGGUGAUGAUGCACCCCCCAUGCUGUCUUUGCAAACUGCAUGUACAUAGCAAUGCCAAAGAAUACCACGGUGGCUGCCAAGUACGCCCACCACGCAGGACUAAUUGAGUACACGAAGCUUCCGUCGGCCACCUGAACACGCAAUGACUCCAAAUCGCUGCCAGACGGGUACUUGCCUGCAAAGUACCCCACGCCCCACACCGCCGCGGUCGCCCCGAAGAAACUGGUGGCGACGAUGAGGAACGGGCGCUCCAGACAUCGAGCCAAGAAGCCACCGAGGAUGCCCAACGCGACGAUGAGAAUGUACAGCAUGCCGCUCGGAUUCGACGGCCACAGCUUGUACCCGACGGUGUUGUUGACGAGGAAUGCGAGCACAAUGCCUGCGGCGGCACCGACCAUAAACACACCAAGCUUCCACACACACAUGACCGUGGCGCCGACGAUGAGACCCCCCACGACAAAGCAGAUCCACGCCGCAGUGACCAUGUACGUUUGAUUGGCAAACACCUUUUCGGCCAGCAAGUAGAACAGCACAGACCCGACUGCAAACCCGCACACAAACAGCACCGGGCGAAACAGUUUGUAGCCAAAGAGCGCCACGAUUGUGCCGACGCCGAUGGACAGCCCCGCCACGACGCUUGGCGCGACGCUGAGCUUUGACCCAGUGGCCAGGAGGUCGUUGGUGACACGGUCGAAGUCGCUGCUUCCGUCCGUCAAGUUGGGCAACGUCAGCGGCACAGCGGUGGCCACAAAGGACGUGGCAACAAGGGCCACCAGAACAACAGAUGUCGCUAGGGACACCUCUAGACGCAGCAUGGCUGUCGUCAUGCUCACUUACUUGGUUGUCCACGUCGCAAUUCUUUUCCAG